AUGUCUCAAGAAUUCGAUUUUACAAAUCAUAGUCAUAGAAGAUUUAAUCCAUUAACUUCGAAGUAUAUAUUAUGUUCACCUCAUAGAGCUAAACGACCAUGGCAAGGUGCUAAAGAAGAAAUUAAAAAGACCAAUUUACCAGAAUAUGAUCCAAAAUGUUAUCUUUGUCCGGGGAAUAUUAGAGCAACUGGUGAUGUUAAUCCAAAAUAUGAGUCAACUUAUAUUUUCACCAAUGAUUAUCCUGCUGUUAAAUUAGAUCAACCUGAUUAUGAUGAAGAAGAAAAUGAAACUAACCCAUUGAAAAAAAAAUUAUUCAAGACUCAAGGUGUGAAGGGAAAAUGUUUCGUGAUAUGCUUCUCUCCAAAACAUAAUCUUACAUUACCAUUAAUGACCAUCCCAGAAAUUGAAUCAGUGAUAAAUACAUGGAAAUCAUUAUACAACGAGCUAUUAGCAGAAUCAAUUGAAAAAAAAGCACCAUAUAAGUAUUUACAAAUUUUUGAAAAUAAAGGUUUUGCUAUGGGUUGUUCAAAUCCUCAUCCUCAUGGUCAAGCUUGGUGUUUGGAUAUUAUACCUACAGAAGUUAAUGAUGAAAUAACAAAUAUGACAAAAUAUUAUCAAGAAAAUAAUUCUCAUCUUUUGGGAGACUAUGUUAAAUUAGAAUUACAAGAAAAACAAAGAAUAGUAUUAGAAAAUGAUUCAUUUAUUGUAGUGGUACCAUAUUGGGCUUUAUGGCCAUUUGAAACAUUAUUAAUAUCAAAACAACACAUAAAAUCAAUAAAGGAAUUCAACUCAAAACAAACACAAGAUUUGGCGACAAUUUUAAAACAAUUAACUACAAAAUACGAUAAUUUAUUCAAUACUUCCUUUCCUUACUCAAUGGGUAUACAUCAAGCUCCAUUUUGCUCUGACUCACACGCAAAUUCGGAAAUAGAUUGUUCUUGGUUUCAUAUACAUUUUUAUCCACCUUUGUUAAGAUCAGCCACUGUAAAGAAAUUUUGUGUGGGGUUUGAAAUGUUGGGUGAAGCUCAAAGAGAUUUGACUAGUGAACAAGCUGCCAAAAGGUUACAAGAAUUGGAUGGCGAUAAACAUUACAUGAAUUUGAUAGAGUAA